AUGUCCUCAAUAGACAUAAGGAAUAAGUGUCCAAAGGAGAAUGAGAAAGGACAGUGUAAAGAUGACAGAGUUAUACAUGCAGAAAAAGGAAAUCUUCCAGGGCCUGCCGCAAAUUAUGGAUAUGUUACUCACAGUAUACCCUCUGGAGAAGGAAUAAGAGAACUAACAUAUGGCGUUCAGUCUCUUAAAAUAGAUAAUGAUAAAGGGGAAACUACUGCAUUCUCCGCAAAGUAUCCUAAUCUCAAAGAAGUUACAACAUAUUACUAUACAAAAGAUACAUAUAACAAGAAUGAAAUAGAUGUCCCCCUUGCCCUCAGGGUUAGUAAUAAAGGAGAAGCCCAUUACUUGUAUCUAAACAUAGGUGAAGACCAUACAAAAUGGAGACAGGUUCCUCUGAUUGAUGGCCUUAAAAUUCCUACAGGUGGUAAUACAAACGAAGAACUAACUAGUAGGUUAAAUAAUCAAGCAUGUAAACUCCAUAACCUUGACUCUGUAAACAUUUAUGAGAAAAUCCCCUAUAAAUGUCCAUGUGGUAAGACCAAUGUCACAGUUAGUCCUGAGACGAUAACUGAUUUUUCCGGAUAUACCAAGUACAAGCAUUCAUAUGAUACUAAUGCAAACUCUGUUAGAUACCAAAGUACUGUUCUUAAGUUGAAAGAUGAAGGUGCUGAGGAUGAAAUUCCACUUGGAACUGAACAAAUUCGUGAACUCUUCGUCUACUACUGGAAUGCAGACAAAGGUAGGAAUCAUAGGAAACCCCUGCUCAUGGAAGUAGAUGUUGGAGGUACGAAAGUUCCUUUGGGAAACGAUGGAAAUAAAGAUAACAAGCGAUGGACUAUGAUAGCGCCUGAAGAUGGUGAUGUUGAACUCAAAGGUGAGGAACUUCCGCUAAAACUUCAAGAGCACAAGUGCAAACUUUUCAGACCAGUAGAGAUAGAUGUCACCAUGAAAAAUCAUUACAAAAAUGAUUACUGUAAAAAGGAUGCGGGAAAGAAUGAUGAAUGUACUCAUACUAUACAAGUUACUGGUUACAAUGGUCAUGUACCAACCGGAUACGGAGCCUUUAGGCACACCUAUAAGAAUGAUAGAGAGACCAAGACAUUUACCAUCACUGGUUUCAAAAAUGGAGAUAGGCUGGACGAGAAAAAACCUCCAAUAUUUGAUGUUAAGGAAGUGAUAGUCUUUUUUUCCUCUUCAUGUGGUGAUACCAACACACCUCUUCUGGUAUAUGUUAGCAGUAGUGGCGGAAAAGAUCAUAAGUGGUACAAGAAUGUUGGUACAAAGACUGAGGACAAAUGGACAGUGGAGAGUCAACUGGGAGGUAAGGAUCCACAGGAAGCUGCUAAGGAGGGGCUAGGACUUUGGUGUCCAGGAGAAGUGAUACCUCAACAACCUCUCCCUCCUGCACCUUUGGAACCCCCUUCAACUGCAAAUAAAUGUAGCGAAGUUGAUGCUAUAGUAGACCCUAUUGAAAAACUAUUUAAUGAGGUAACUGGCACAUUGGUAGACCUUGGAUAUGUUGCAGCUACUGAAGUUGGACUAAGUGUUACGGAGGAACUUCUUGAAUGGAAUAGUGAAAUUGGGCUGGAUGCAUCAACUUUAGUUCUUAACAUGGCCGGGGAAGCUCUUGGGCUAGCUAGUACCGUUCUUGCUAGUGGAGCUAAAGGAAACUCUGAAAAAGGUGGCACAAAUCUCUCUGUUCCAGAACAUCAAGUUGGUCAAGAUUCUAAAACUGGUACUACUGAUGAAGCUCCUAAGAAUCCAGGUACUAAAGAACCUGUUUCUGCUCCUAUUGUUCCUAAAGCUCUACCUGAAGUUGCCGAUGACAAUCAACGUAGUGUAGAUAAUGGAACAGGGUUUGUACCUCAAAUUACUCGUCAAUUUAACCAAUCUAGUACUAGUUUUUCUAAUCUAUGUGGAUCUCCUUCUGUCAGACUUGACAUUCCUCCUACCGCUCCUGAAGCACCAAAGGAUAUUAAACGAAAUACUGAUGGCACAUCUCCCCAAGCUGGUGCUAGUACUGAUGUUAAUCCUCCCGCUAAACCUGAUCCUAUUAAGGCUUCUCAUGAAGCUUUUCCUUACCAACAUCUUGAUAUCUCAUAUAACAAAGAUGCCAAUAGGGGUGGAUAUCCUCAACCUACUGGAACUGGAAGACUGGGCCAUGGCGCUACUAAUCGGAAUAGUGAAGUUGAAAAUAUGUCCGUAGUAAAAGCUCUUGAUGGCAGAACUGACGCACUACAAUUUAAUACUGGCGAUGGAGUUUAUCGUCUUCUAUCUCUUAAUGAAUCUGGAACUGCAGCAGAAGAUCUAGGCUCAGAAGUACAAGGAGCAAUACCAGGAGGUCUAGGCCUAGGAGGACCAACAGCACUACCACUGGCACAAUAUCCAUCACCAAUAUCAACAACAGAAUCACCAGCAUGGUCAUCUAAAGAACUUAAAGCUGGUGCUAUUCCUGGAUUUGGAGGAGUUAGAGGACCUAAUGGUCAAGAUUCUGGACCUGUUGCUACUUCUGAUUCUAGUGAAGCUAGUGGUAGAGCUGGUGCUGGUCAAGCUACUACUCAAGAUGCUGCUCAUACUAGAGGUGGUGGAGUACAAGGCUCUGGAGAAAAUACUCCUAAAGAUACUACUGGCUCUGACUAUUCUCAAUCGCAAAAGACUGAUGUUCCGCUUCCUAAUGGGCAUCAGCAACAAUCUACUGUCUCAUCCUGA